UAUCUCUGUCUCUAUUCUUUUCUAUUGAAGAAAGUCGUUGAAAUGUUCGAUCCCACCAACGUCAAUCUGGACACGGCCAGCGCCGCCGAGGUGGUCUGCUACCUGAACCGCGACGGCAACGACUACAACGGCCAUCUCGGGGCGCGCAUCUCGUCCAUCUUCGUGAUCGGGCUGGUCUCGUCGGCGGCGACCUUCUUCCCCGUCAUGGCGCGCCGGGCCCCCCGGCUGCGCAUCCCGCUGUACGUGUACCUGUUUGCGCGGUACUUUGGCGCGGGCGUCAUCAUCGCCACGGCGUUUGUGCACCUGCUGGACCCGGCGUACGGCGAGAUCGGCCCCAACACAUGCGUGGGCAUGACGGGCUCGUGGGCCGAGUAUUCGUGGCCGCCGGCCAUCAUCCUCGCCUCGGUGACGGCCAUCUUCCUGCUGGACUUUGCGGCCGAGCGAUACGUCGAGCGCAAGUACGGCGUGUGUCGCGAGGAUCCCGAGCCGAUCAUCACCCACCGCGACGCCGGCGAUGAGUCUCAGCCGGUCAACACAGACGCCAAAAAAGACGUCGUGAAAGAUAUUGAGGCCGUCGAGAGCGGCGAGAGCGAGGACGAGGCGGCGCUGCAGCGCUCGUUCCAGCAGCAGUUUGCGGCGUUUCUGAUCCUCGAGUUCGGCGUCAUCUUCCACUCGGUGAUCAUCGGCUUGAACCUGGGCGUCGCGGGAUCGGAAUUCGCGACGCUGUACCCGGUGCUGGUCUUCCACCAGUCGUUUGAAGGGCUGGGGAUCGGCGCCCGGAUGUCGGCCAUCCCCUUCAAGCGCACCAGCAUCCUGCCCUGGCUGCUGUGCACGCUGUACGGGCUGACGACGCCCAUCUCCAUCGCCAUCGGGCUCGGGGUGCGCACGACUUACAACCCCAACUCCUUCACGGCCAACGUCGUCUCGGGCGUGCUCGACUCCAUCUCGGCGGGGAUUCUGGUCUACACGGGGCUGGUCGAACUGCUGGCGCGCGACUUUAUCUUUGAUCCGCACCGGACGCAGGACUCGAAGCGCUUGACCUUUAUGAUUGUCUCGCUGCUGCUGGGGGCGGGCAUCAUGGCCUUGUUAGGGAAGUGGGCUUAACCAUUACCUAUACAUAUACAUAUAUAUAUACUAUUAUAGUAUAAAGAAUGCUAGAUAACCUAAUCUAAUAACUGAACUCUACCUAUAC